AUGGCCCCUACAGCCAAUAAAGCCCUCAAUGGCCACAAAUUGCUUGUGCUCCUUGGAGUGACUGGGCCACCAAAGAUACUCCUCGGAACCACAUUCCAGCCCGAAUGGAUCGCAGAACUCAAAGAACUAUUCUCAGGUCUGGAAAUAAUUACUGUUGAGGGAUGUAUAUGGAAUACGCCAGCAUUCGAAGAGAAGUUUCCAGAGAAAGAAUGGAAGGACGUUACUAUCCUCGUUACUGGAAAUGCUUUACCUGCAGCACAUAUUGCUCCGAAGUUGGAGUAUGUACAGAUCCAGAGCGCCGGAGCAAAUCAUAUCCUCCAAAAUCCUCUGUUUAGCGAUACAGAUGUUGCUCUUUGUACGGCUAGCGGUGUGCACGGACCGCAGAUAGCUGAAUGGGUAGUAACCACAUUUCUAGCUUUCCAACAUCAAAUUCCCCAAUACAUCGACUUUCAGCGCCAAAAAACGUGGCACAAGUUGGACGAUCCGGUCCAUGAUGCAGUUGGACAGCGAGUUGGUAUUCUUGGCUACGGCGCCGUCGGUCGUCAGAUUGCUCGUGUCGUGAAAGCACUGGGUAUGGACAUUCACGCCUGUAAUUUACAUCCACGUCUUACGCCCGAGUCGCGUAAAGAUGAAACAUAUACGCCAGCAGGCCUUGGUGAUCCAGAAGGCGCCUUCCCCAGCAAAUGGUUCUCCGCUGAAAAUACAGAAGGGUUACAUGAGUUCCUUGGCUCUGGUCUUGAUCUGCUCGUCAUCACCAUCCCACUUACAGAAAAGUCCCGUGGUAUCAUCUCAAUGAGAGAGCUAGCUUUGCUUGCUAAAAAGAAGGCCUUCGUUUCAAACAUCGGAAGAGGAGAAGUCGUCGUUACGGAUGAUCUAAUCGAUGCACUUGAGGAGGGAACAAUCCGCGGGGCCGCACUCGAUGUGACGGAUCCUGAGCCUUUGCCAGAUGGCCACCGACUAUGGGGUACAAAAAAUCUCUUUAUCUCACCGCACGUCAGUGGAAACUCUAGUAGUUAUGCCCGAAGAGUUUUUGAGGUCCUCAAAUACAACCUCAUCCGGAUGAGUGAAGGGAAGGAGCUCACAAACAAAGUAGAUAAAAGCAAAGGAUAUUAG